CUCGGUGACGGAGACGAGCAUCGUGAGGAGAGAGGGAGAGAGAGAGAGACAGAUGGAGGUGGAUGUGAUCUGAAUGCUUAUUAACUGGGACAAUAUGUGAAAACAUUUGUUAUAUUCGUGCUCGCCGAGAAUUUAAGGGGGUUUUGUUGUAGCUUAUGCGGUAAAUAUUUGUAAGUGAAAGAUGGAAGCGUGGGUUUGAUGAAGAAGCAAUAGGAUGCUCGGACGAUAAACGUAUGGAUGAAUCCAAACAAGCGACGCCGCCGUAUGUUGAAAAGAAAGCGCUGAAUAAAGGUGGUGUGAACAAAAGAAGAGGUCUUCUGGAUAUGUUUUGAGAGGUGUGUUGUGGAGGGAUGAAGGCGGUGUUGACAACCAGACGGCAGCGGCUCUUCUAUCGGCUCUUUUUAUGUGCUGUCGGGCUCAUCGCAAUCUACGGCUUUACUCAAAUUCUUCAUGUAACAGCUCAUUCCAAAGAGGACUCUGACAUUAUCUGGGCCCGGCGUAAGCUAACCCAGCAGAACAUAGAAGAAAACCAGACAUCAAGCACACCAAGAGCUGCUAUCAAUGAAUUUCCUCAAGACAUCUUCACUAAGACACAGAGGAGACAUGGAGCAGUUCUCCUGCAUGUGUUUUGUGCAGUUUACAUGUUCUAUGCUCUUGCUAUUGUCUGUGAUGUCUACUUUGUACCCUCUCUGGAAAAAAUCAGUGAGAACUUGCAUCUUAGUGAAGAUGUUGCUGGUGCCACCUUUAUGGCCGCGGGCAGCUCCGCCCCCGAGCUUUUCACAUCUUUGAUUGGUGUGUUCAUUACCAAGGGAGAUCUCGGGUUGGGAACUAUUGUGGGGUCAGCUGUUUUCAACAUCCUGGUCAUUAUUGGUGUAUGUGGCAUAUUUUCAGGACAGACAAUUUCUCUGACCUGGUGGCCGCUCUUUCGUGACUCUAUAUACUACAUCCUCUCUGUGCUGGCCUUGAUUCUGAUCAUAUAUGAUGAAAAAGUAGUCUGGUGGGAGACAAUACUCCUCAUAUCAAUGUAUGGUGUUUACAUCCUGAUAAUGAAGUUUAACAGUCAGAUUUGGGGCUGGGUGGAGCAAAGAUUUGGCAUCCCGGGUCAGCCAUGUUUGGUAAGCAGUCUCCGGAGAGAUGUGUCGGUAGGAGAGGCAAGCGCGCACUGUGACACCUCUAUGAUCCUCUUGAAGAAAGGUCAGAAUGCGGGUGGCCAGGACUCCCCGGUGGUGAUGGUGGAUGAGUUGAUGAGUCUACACCCUCACCAGUUCUCUUUCUCAGAGGCAAGCCUCCGUGUCAUGAUCACGCCCCACUUCUCCCCCCGCACUCGCCUUAGCAUGGCCGGACGCAUGCUCAUCACUGAGAGGCAGAGGCUGAUUAGAAACAGGAGCCCUGGAGAUAGCAGUGGCAGCGGAGCAGGAGACACACCUGGACUAGAUGGUCCAGGAACAGAAGGGGUUCCUUGGGGUCUGGAGAAUGGAGGGGCCCUUGAAAGUGAAACACAGCCUCUUGAGGAACCCAGGCAGAGAGGUCCAGGAGGGGAACUAGAGAGGAUAGGGAACACAGAGGACACACAGCCUAAAGAGGAUGAGGAAGAGGACGAGGACGUAGAUGAAGAACAGCCCUUCAGACCUCUUACAAUUCCAGAGGGGCGCUGGGAGCAAGUGAAGUGGUUGUUUUCAUGGCCAUUAGGCUUCCUGCUGUACUACACUGUGCCCAACUGCGCUUUGCCUCGCUGGGAGCGCUGGUUCAUGGUUACUUUUGUGGUCUCAACACUCUGGAUUGCCGUCUUCUCCUACCUCAUGGUGUGGAUGGUCACCAUUAUCAGUUUUACAUUGGACAUUCCAGAUGUUGUCAUGGGUAUUACAUUUUUAGCAGCAGGCACCAGUGUCCCAGACUGCAUGGCUAGUCUCAUAGUUGCUCGUCAAGGUAUGGGAGACAUGGCCGUGUCCAACUCUAUUGGUAGCAACAUCUUUGAUAUUCUGCUGGGCCUUGGUUUUCCAUGGGCUUUGCGUACAUUAGUGGUUGAUUAUGGGUCAAUGGUCUUUAUUAACAGUAAGGGGUUGGUAUACUCAGUGAUCUUACUUCUUGCUUCUGUUUUUCUCACUGUACUGAGCGUACAUCUGAACCACUGGAGGUUGGACCGAAGGUUAGGAUUUGGGCUUAUAUUCCUGUAUUCCAUCUUUCUGCUCUGCUCCAUCUGCUUUGAGAGGCUCUAGAUGUCACUUUUUUAUUUUGGCCAAUUGUAGCAUAGAUCUAGACCCACAUGUUUAAUCCCCAGUCACUGCCUUAUUAGUAGCAGUUAUUUCAGCUGUGGAUAAGGGAAGGCUGGUGAACAUUACAUUGACCACUUAGUUGAGUCUGGUGGGUUAAAAGCAAGUUAGUUAUGCUUUGAGUCAAUCGUCUGCCAAACCCAAUGAGACUGUUGCUUACUGUACCUCUGAAACAUUUCUACUUAACAUACCGAGAUUGAAAAUCAAUUUCAGAUACAAGAUGUGAUGAAUUUAUACAAGGUGAAAUCAAUGUUUACAGCACACAGGACACUUCCUGAGUCACAUUUGACAUAUUUCUAUUCUGAAGUCACUGCAAGCAUGUUAUGAACAUAAAUUAUGAUAUUGCAAAAGUGUUAAUAGUACUUAAAAAAGAGUUAACUCUUGUGACACAGAGCUGUCUCGAUAUACUUUAUUUUGCCUUAUUUAUUUUUGACUUUAGGUUUGUAAAAGUAGUGCUUUAGGAUUUGAUGAGUUUAUUUAAGAGGAAUUGGACAUUCUUUUGUGUUUUCCUUAAAAAAAUAAAAUAUAUUGGUAUUUUAAAGUUAAAAUUGUUCUAGGAUUACUGAUUAACCAAAAAUACCAAUCGUAUUUGGUAGGUGUUUACUUAUCAAACACACAUAGUUUUAUAUAAAGUGCCACUUAGAAGUGUCUUACACAGUUUGAUAUGUAGUUAUAACAAUGUUGAUUUUUGUGCCCCAUGCUCUUUGGUAAUGUAGAAAUAUUGCUGUCCAUUAUUCAUGACACGUUUAUUAUAAACAGGCCUUUAUAUUUUAUUUAAUAUGUCACAAAAUGACACCUAAUGUGCUUGCAAAACAAACUCAUCUUACUUCACUUGCUCUUUCCAGCAAAUAUUAUACAUUUAAUUUGAAUCUAAAUUAGUGUUUUGUUCUUAUUAUUAUUGGUAACACUUUACAAUAAGGUUGUAUAACUUAACAUUAGCAAAUGCAUUAACUAACCUGAACAAACAAUGAACAAUAUAGUUUUUCAUCAUGUAUUAAUUCUUGUUAAUGUUACUGUCAAUACAAUUAUUUAUGUCAGUACAUGGUGCAUUCAUUAAUGUUACAAGGUUACAAUGAUUUUGUAUAAGUAUAUGCCAAAAUUAACAUAAACUAAUAUUAAUAAAUGCUGUAUUAUUGCACUGUUAGUUCAUGUUAGCUAAUGCAUUAACUAGUUGUUAACAUAUGCAACCUUAUUGUAAAGUGUUGCCAUUGUUUGUUCAUGUUAGUUCAUUAACUAAUGUUAACAAGAUUUUAGUUUUUGUUGAAAUUAACAUUAACAAAGAUUAAUAAAUGCUGUAUAAGUGCAAUUCAUUAUUAGUUCAUGUUAACUAAUGUAGUUAACUAAUGAACCUUAUUGUAAAGUGUUACCAUUACAUUUAGUUAUGUUUGACCUUUGAGAUUUUUUGUUUUGAGACAUUCUGAUGUUUCGGUUCUGCUACAUUUUCGUAUUAAAAAUGUUCACUCUUUUAUUAAACUUUAAACAUAAAUUGAAUUAUAGAUGUCCAGAACCAAUAAUCCUCUCAUAUUUCCAAUUUUUUUAAUAAAUGCAAACCCAACCCAUUUCAUUUCAUUUCUUUUUACCAAAAUUGUCCAAUUUAAUGCAUAUUAUAUUUUUCAUCAGUGAAACCAUUUAUAAUAAAAAUAUGUGUUGAUAAAAUUGGUGUGAGAAAUAAAUAUUAAAUGAGUUUGAAUCUUAUUAUGAGGAUAAUUUAAUGUUUUAUUUUCAUUUUAGAAAUCCUAUUUACGCAACUUAUUAUUACUAGCUCAUCAUUUGUUAAAGUUCUGUCAGUAUUCUUAAUGAUAUUUGUAAGUUGUUGAGUGCAAUAAAAGAAGGUUUGUGCAAUAUCCCCAAUA